UUAAGGACCAAUACUGCAAUUUACGAAGGGACUGAAUAGAUAAAAAAUAAAAAAUCGCGUCCCGAACAAUGUUAUUAUGUUAGACCCAAAGCUCGUUGCUUAUGAAACCCAAUUCACCCAAUUUUUCUCUCGCUGAAAUGGCUCCAAUUAGCUAAGAAAGUUAAUUACUUCAAUGGUUCAACAAACAGUAGAUUCCAAAGUUAGGGAAUAUGGGAUGGGCACUUCUGAAACUGAAUUUCCUACUAGUGAUAAGCAAUUGCCAGUUGCUGUAAAGAAGACCGUGUUGAGAGAUUUGCAAAACGACAAUAGAGUCAGAGUGCCCAACUCUAUCGAAAAAUCUCCUCUUUUAAAGGAUACGAGUCCUUUAACCAGUACCAUUAAACUUUCUGGCACCAAGAGAGACUCACUUGAGUGCCCAGAAAGCCCUUCUCAACACCGUUCUUCAAACAGUAACUUCACAAAUGGGCACCUUGUCUAUGUCCGUAGAAAAUCGGAGGCAGAAUUAGGCAAGAGCAGCACUUGUGAUAGCACAAACACAAACACCAACACUAAUCGUCUUCAGUCAAGGCCAUUUGGCCAGCAGAAGGAAAUCAUCCAACCAUUACCACAAACUAAAAACCCAGGAGUAUCUUGUUUACCUGGACAUUCUCCUAUUGCAAUGACAUCAUCCAUGAUCUCCUCUAGGAAACCUUCUGUUCCCCUUCCUCAAAAGUCUGGUAUGCAGUUAGCAUCUAAAGAAUCCACUGAUCCCCUUGUUUCUGAUACACCUUUAUCAAGUAAUUUAAAAGCUCUAAGAAAUUUGCACUGGGAAGAUCGAUAUUGUCGGUUGCAUUCGUUAUUGAACAAAUUGGACCAAUCACAGCAAGUUGACUAUAUUAAGAUGCUUUGGUCACUCUCCUCAGUGGAGCUAAACAGACAUGCUGUUGAGUUGGAAAAGAGGUCAAUUCAGCUAUCACUUGAAGAAGCAAAAGAGCUUCAGCGGGUUCAAGUUCUUAAUGUUCUAGGAAAACCAUCUGUGUCAUCCUCAACUCAUCAAAACCAACCAGAGAAGGGAGUUUAGUUCCAGCUUCAGCCAUAAUGUUUGCUCUCUAGUUGAUCGAAACGUCUCCAUUUUGUUUCUUCUCUCCUGGGCUCUAUUUUUCUCCAAGUUCUGCUCCUGCUGUUAUGCUAGUAUAGAAGAUGAUAAACAUUUGUCAUGUUGAAGCUGCUGUUGCUCACUGUAUUUACUUGUAAUUAAGGUGAAAUUUCAUAGAAAUUUAAUUUCUCAUUUGAAGUUUGCUUUUAAGUGUUAAGCUUUCAUGCAACCUUUGUUAGAUUGAGAGACAUUUCAAUUAGUGUGUUGAUAUGAAAUAACUACAGAUUGUAUAGGUCUACUGCCCAUAAACUCUUUAUUUGAAAAGGAAUGCAAUUCAAACUUAGUUA